AUGACUCAAAUCAACUAUAAAACUAAUGGUAACGUUGUUUUUAUCGAAUACAGCAAACCAGCAUUAGACAUCUUAACAAAACUUCGCGAAUCUCUCGGAUUAAAAGGUAAUUUCACCAAUAUUGUAUUCUUACCUCAAGGUGUAAAGCUUCCAGAAACGAAAAACUCUACUGGUAGUACUCCACAGACUCAGCCUCCUCAAAAACCGGUAGUUUCACAGCCUGCACCAAAAACGGAAAACAAACCAGUUACUGUUCCUGAGAAGAAAGAAGAAACAAAGCCAGCAACUAACAAGCCUGCAACAACAGCUGCUCCUCAGCCAGUUAAACAGCACUCUGUUGAAGCUCCUCCAAAAGAUCAAUUGAAAAUUCAACCUACAGCAACAGCUGCAGCUCAGCCAUCGAAACCUGCAAUUGCUUCAAAGCCUGCAAUUCCUGUUCCUGAUUUGAUUCAACCAGAAAAUCUUCCAGCACUUAAUUUAGAACAACUUAAUGAUUUCAACGAACAACAAAUCACAGAAAAAUACAAGGCCGAUACCAGUGAUAAAAAGACCAUUAAACUAUCCGAAAUUUCAGCAUUUUCAGCCGAAACUUAUCCAGCAGAAGCUCUUCAACAUCGCUCUCUUAGAAUUUCAAAAACAGAUCAAACUAUCGACCUUAAAUACUUUGAUGCGAAUUUCUACAGCUAUCCAUAUGCAAUUUCAAUACUUGGAAAGGAUAUAUUUAAGUACGAUUACAAUUUCACUCCUUUAGAAUCCAAUGUGUCACAAUUCAUUGUAAAAUCACUUACUCAGUCGAAGGGUGAAGCAGCCACAUUUAAUGAUGCAUCGAAAUACCCAGAACUUGCUACAAAUUACGUUUUCUAUCCUGAUUAUAAGCAAUACUUACUUAACAAGGAUUCAUUUGCUAACAGCCAAGUUAAAGUUACUGUUCCAAAGAUUGCUGCCUCAUAUUUGAUCGAACUUACCUCAAUUGACAAAAAAUCUUUAGGUGAAUUAAAUAAAAAGCAUUUUGAUGAAGGAAUUGCGAAACUUUGCUUGAUAGCUCCAUUCGUUGUUGGUGUUCAGAAGAGCGGAGAAGACAUAACUUUCAUAUUUAAUGAUACAAAGUAUAUUCCAGCCAAAUAUAUCGCCAACCAAGUCAAGAAAUUUAUAAAUAUUAUGCAAAAGAACGAUUGUACAACUUUGGAGUUCAAAGAUAUUGAUGCUCAGAAAUAUAACAAAACUGCUUCAUUUUUAAGGACAGAAGCCAUGAAACACAAUGUUGUUGCUCUCUAUGAAGAAACAAAGAAAGUCAAUAUGAUAAAAGACUUCUUUAUUUACUUAUGUGCUCCUAAAGGAGCAGAUUUGACUGAAUUUGAUCAGAUAAUUGAGACAAACUUCGGUAAGUAUUCAAACAAAUUAUAA